CGGUAAUGCACCAAAUAGUUGUUUGCCAGCUGCCAUAAAACAGCAAGUAGAAGAAUGAAGGAGACUUCCGGUUCCUAGCGGUGGUUGCGUAAGGCUGUGCGCUACCAGUGCGCGUGAGGAACAGCGAGAGGCAGCAUCAUAAGAGCGUGAAGUGGGAAAUUGGGGGCUGUGCUGAGCAGUUGGACAGGAGAUCCAACUCACACCCCACAACAGUCCCUCCUCCCCCCCUCCUCCCCUUCUUCCCUCCCUCCUCCUUUCCCUCCUGUGAGCUCCCUGCCCCGCCUGGCCUCUCCUCCACUGUGCGCCCAGCCCGGCAAACAUGUCGGGACCUGUUUCAAGUCGGGCAAGAGUGUACACGGAAGUGAACACGCAUCAGCCUCGAGGGUACUGGGAUUACGAAUCUCAUGUGGUCGAAUGGGGAAACCAAGAUGACUACCAGCUGGUGCGGAAGUUGGGCCGUGGAAAGUACAGUGAGGUCUUUGAAGCCAUUAACAUCACGAAUAACGAGAAAGUGGUGGUCAAAAUACUCAAGCCGGUGAAGAAGAAGAAAAUCAAGCGCGAGAUUAAGAUUUUGGAGAACCUCCGAGGAGGACCCAAUCUGAUCGCACUGGCAGACAUCGUGAAAGAUCCAGUGUCCCGGACCCCUGCUUUGGUUUUCGAGCAUGUAAAUAACACAGAUUUCAAGCAAUUGUACCAGACCCUGACAGAUUUUGACAUACGGUUCUACAUGUACGAAAUCCUGAAGGCUCUGGAUUACUGCCACAGCAUGGGCAUCAUGCACAGGGAUGUCAAGCCACACAACGUGAUGAUCGACCACGAGCACCGGAAGUUACGGCUUAUCGAUUGGGGUCUAGCUGAGUUCUACCACCCUGGGCAGGAGUACAAUGUCAGAGUGGCCUCCCGCUACUUCAAAGGUCCGGAGCUGCUGGUGGAUUACCAGAUGUACGACUACAGUCUGGACAUGUGGAGCCUUGGCUGCAUGCUGGCCAGCAUGAUCUUCCGGAAGGAGCCUUUCUUUCAUGGCCAUGAUAACUAUGACCAGCUGGUGCGAAUAGCAAAGGUUCUGGGAACUGAGGACCUGUAUGAUUACAUCGAUAAGUACAGCAUUAAGCUGGAGCCGCGCUUCAAUGACAUCUUAGGAAGGCACUCUCGUAAGAGGUGGGAGCGCUUCGUCCACAGUGAGAACCAGCACCUGGUGAGUGCUGAGGCCCUGGACUUCCUGGACAAGCUCCUGCAGUAUGACCACCAGACCCGGCUUACGGCUCGCGAGGCCAUGGACCAUGCCUACUUCUAUCCUGUUGUGAAGGACCAGGGUAGAUCUGGAGGCAUGACUUCUGUGUCCAGUGGAAAUACUCCCGUGCGUUCAGCCAACAUGAUGUCAGGGAUCUCCACCUUGCCGGCCUCCACUCCCAUUGGUUCCCUGGCCAGCCCAACGGUCUUUCCUGCCACCGGCACCUUGCAGACUCCUGUGCCUGUUACUGGCGGUGCCCCGUAGUGAUUCCAGCCUUCCAGUCAUCCUUACUUCAAUCGUCACUCCUGACCAUUUUGCAAUAUGAAACCACUGCAUGAGGUGUGGGUGUGGUGGCCGUUUCCAUUUUUUUUGUGGCCAAAGAUGAUUGCCAGCCAUGCAUCACGUGGAAAGAUGUAAACUUUUCAGGCAAAUACUGUGUGUCUAUUCACUUGGAAAGAUUAGCUGUGAACUUGGUAAAUCUGAGCCACUCACAGAUGCCCAAAACGUACAGACAAAAUGAAGUGGAGUUUUGAAAACUUGAUUUAAGGAUUUGGACCGCAGUGACUUUGUGGGACCUGAUGAAUACAGUUUCAUGAAUUCCAGUUCAAUAGGUAGUUAUGCCUACACCUGUAUCAGGGUGUUUCUAUCAGGUCACUUUUUAUCCGAGUCAGAUACAGCAAGUCAUCUGGAUUCUCCAGCUUCUAUUCUGAUCCUUACCUUUUCAUAGUGGGCGGAUUUUGGUAGGUUUGGGCAGCAUUUUGUUUUGAAUUGACACAAAAUUGCCACCUUGAAACACAAAAUACAAGCCAACUCUCCUAUUUUUUUUUUUUUAGUAGAAUUAAGAAUUCACUUUAGUAGCAUUACCAAAGUUAAUGAGUAUUGGAGAGUAGACCAACCAAAACGUGUGUAAGGUUGUUGCAGCCAGAGGUGAUUGAAGAAAUCCUGUAGUUAGGAUAUUAGGAAUAUCAUAUUGAGUAUAAGCAUCUCACCUUGUUAAAAUGUUUUCUAUAGAAUUUUUUUUAAAAAUAUUUCCAUGUCUAAUUCUCUGACACUUUUGGUUUGUUUUGUAUUGAGGUUUUCUACUGUUGGUUUUACUAUAAUGUUUUGUCCUUUAGAUCAGUAUUGAUGUUCAGUGUGAGGGGUUGAACUUUCUUUUUGAGCCAGUAAUGGGAUGUUGAAAACCCGGCAUACUUAGACAUAGCUAUAUGCAUUGCUUUCUACUUCUGAAAUCCAAGUAAAAAGCAGAAAGUUGUAAUAUAUGUGGCUAGAAAGAUCGUUUGGGGUUAUAUCACUAAAUAGGCAUUGUCCUGUUAUUUAAGUAUUUGACGGGUAUUUGAGACUGUGUAAAUAAACACUUCUUUUACUUAA